GUGCCGCGCGAGCAUCUUUUGAAGCUGCAGCGCACUACCCACGACUCCGGCGAGUUCGGCCUGGUCGAGUUCUUCAUCCGCAGCCUCCUCGCCCUCGCCAAGGAGUACCGACUUUGGCGCAUGUGGACGAACCUGCCGUGCCAGAUGGACGCUGAGGAACAGAGGCGGUUUGACCAGGCAGAGGCUUGUGAAAUCUGUGGAGGGAGUUUCGACCUGAAGAGAGGUCGCAAGGUGGCUCACCACGAACAUGGGACGGGCAGAUUUCUGGCUGCGGCCUGCAACCGCUGCAACCUGGGUGUGAGGAUGCCGACUGGUAUUCCGGUGUACUUCCACAACGGCUCCUCCUACGACUUUCACUACAUCCUCCGCCUCCUUGAGCAUGAGAAAGGAUACCUUGACCAUCAGGACUACUUGGAGCGCCUG